AGCUUUUGUGAAAGGAGAACACUAUCAAUUUUUAUUUUUUUUAAAUAGAAAUUGUUGUUCAAAGGUCACUAAACAGAUUCUUAGAGAAAGGUUUCAGCCAAUAUUCCUUUGAUAAAACGAACAGCUACACUUUCAUAACCAUUUCCAAUAUGUCGAAACUACAGUUGAAUGUUUUCGUCACCGAGCGUUUAUCCGCGGCUGCUGUGGAGAUAUUCGGGGUCGUAGAGAAGAUUAUUACGGAGUAUCAGGAAGAAAUCUGCCGUUCAGCAGAGGAGAUCGAGCGUCUACGGAGGCUGUUGGACAUGGCUACCAUACCAGAGAGAAUCUCACACGUAGCAGACUUCCAGGUACUGUCUCCUGCCGUUCCCCCUGAGCAGCAGGAGUGGAGCCCCAGUCUAGAGCAGGAGGACCCAGAACCCACACACAUUAAAGAGGAACAACAGGAGCACAGACUCAGUCAGGAGGACCCACCUCAGCCCUCACAUCUUUACCAAAACCAAACUGUGGAUGAUGGAGAGAGGAGCGCUCUACCUAUCAUCAUAACUGAAGAGAUCAAAACAGAACCUGAUGGAGAGGACUACAGAGUAGCAGAACCAACCAGUGAUCAGCCCCUUUCAGUUCAUCCAGACUGCUCUGCUGCAGUGGAGAAGCCAUAUCAGUGUAAACAAUGUGGCAACAGCUUCACACGUAAGGGACACUUGACCAUUCAUUCAAGGACACACACAGGAGAGAACCCCUAUCAGUGCAAACAAUGUGGCAAAAGGUUUAACCAGAAGAGCAACUUGACCAUCCAUACAAGGGUACACACAGGAGAGAAUCCCUAUCAGUGCAAACAAUGUGGCAAAAUGUUUAACCAGAAGGGACACUUGACCGUUCAUUCAAGGAUACAUACAGGGGAGAGACCAUAUCAGUGUAAAGACUGUGACAAAGCCUUCAACCAGAAGAUAGAAUUGACAUUGCAUAUGAGAGCUCAUACAGGAGAGAGACCAUAUAUCUGUCCUGUAUGCAAGAAAGGUUACAUCGCAUUAAGCUAUUUAAGACUUCAUCAGCGUGUUCACACAGGGGAGAAACCUUACCAGUGCAAAUAAUGUGACAAAUGCUUUGGUAUUAAAGGAAGCUUGAAGUCUCAUAUGAGCACUCACACAAAAGCUUCAGCCUGAAGUGAGAACAACAAAUGAUUAAUCACAUGUGAAUUUCUUGUUACAUCCAACUUGUAAAUAAUUAUUAUAUUUCCUGCCACUUGACAACAAAACAAAUGUAGUUAUGUGUUAAAGGUUUUGUUUUUUCAAUGUAUGUUUUCAGGUUGGACACACCGAUUUGUGUCACCUCGUUAGUCAGUAUGUGUUACACCUGUGCUGGCCCUUGUGCUAUUUAAGAGUGGCUGGCCCAGUGCUUCAGUUGCCUUGAAAUGUGGACGUUCGGUCAACACCUUUUUAGUUGGCUCUCCCUAUUUCAUUUAUAGAAAAAUUCUCAUUUGUCUUAUCUUCCCUGUAUUUGUUUUGCUCAAAUUUUUGGUUUGCUUCCUGUCUUAAGUUUGGUGUGGGUUUUUCUUGUGUUGGCCUCUUCUUGGGCAAAUUUAGUGGGUGCUCAUGGUGGGUGUCAUUUACGUUCCAGUUGUUGUGACUAGUCAACUUUCAGUGGAUUCCCCAACGAGUGUCUUUCAGAACCCCUCGUAAAACCCUGCCUGUUUCGUUUGUCAGUGACUUUUUGUUACUUCCCCCUUCUGUUUGAGCAACGUUAUGUGGUUUUGUAGCUGAGGAAAGUAACAAUGUGCGUGUGGAGUGUAAAGCAUCAUUCAGUAUCCGAUUUGUAAGCUCAUUUUGGUGCAAAUUUUUUUGGGAUGCCUAUUCGCCGUUACAAUGAGGGAAU